AGUUCCGUGAGACGCUCCGGACACGUCCGGGCGGGCGGAUUUGAAAUUGCGAGGAGGCGGCGCUGGCGGUAACGGCAGGCGGGGAGCGGGACGAGGCUCUGCGGGGAGCGGGAGAGCAGCAGCAGCAGCAGCAGCAGCAACACCCUCACCCCCUCAACCAGCGGCACAAGUGUCCGUGCGGCGGCGGUCUACUUGUUUCUUCUGAGCCUUUGCAGAAUCUUUGUGGCAUUUAGAAAAGACCCUUAUAUCCUGCAUUUUCUUUUACUGCUGGGAUACUGAGGGAUUGCAAUUUACAAUAGAGUCACGAUGAGGCGAAGCUCAAGUACUGCUGGAAGCAGCAGUCGACAAUCUAUGAUGGCACUAAGAGUGCAGGAUAACAAGAAGAUGGGUCUUCAAACACCUCAGAUGAAGGACAGAAGCACCUUUGGGAAGCUGAGCAUGGGCAGACCUACAUCUGUAACUUCAGAAAGAAAAGUCAGCUGUUUUGGGAACAGAAUGAGUGGGGCUGGAGGGUCACGCAGCAGCCAGUAUGGUGUGUUCAUGCUCGGGACAGAAAAGAUAAAGGAUCCCAGGCCCCUUCAUGACAAGGCAUUCAUCCAACAAUGUAUCAAGAAGCUUUGUGAGUUCCUCGUUGAGAAUGGUUAUGCCCACAACGUUUCCAUGAAAUCACUGCAGUCUCCAUCAAUUAAGGACUUUUUAAAGAUCUACACCUUCAUCUAUAAAUUCCUCUGCCCUUCUUAUGAAUUGCCUGACUCAAAAUUUGAAGAGGAAAUUCCCAAAGUUUUUAAAAACCUUGGGUACCCCUUUCCUCUGCCAAAAAGUUCCAUGUACACCGUGGGUGCACCCCACACCUGGCCUCAGAUUGUGGCAGCUUUGGUUUGGUUAAUUGAUUGUGUCAAGCUGUACAGUGCCAUCAGGGAAAAUGCGCCAUUGUUCGAUGACAGGCAGAGCUGGGAAGUAGAGACGGAUGAUGGGAUUGUACAUUAUAAGCUUUUCAUGGACUACUGCAUGAAGUGCUAUGAUCUUUUCAUGAAAGGUAGAGAUACCUUUGAGGAGGUGGAUGCUGAAGUGCAGUCAAAAUUAAAGGAUUUAUUUAAUAUAGAUCCAUUCCAGAUGGAAAGUUUAGAAGCUGAAAACAAAAGACUUCAAGAAGAGAUUGCAAGACUAGAAAAAGAAAAGGAAAGUGAGCCGGAUCGUAGAGUAACGCUACGAAACGUGAAAUCGUCUCUUCAAGCAGAUGUCCAGAAAUACCAGGCUUAUUUGGCCAGUCUGGAAUCUCACAUAGCAAUCCUUGAUCAAAAACUGGGAAGUCUUAAUGAUGAAGUUGAGACAGCAGAAACGGAAGUAGAAGCAAUGAAGCAGGAGAAUGCCCGGCUCCAGCACAUCUUAGAUAACCAAAAGUAUUCAGCUGUGGAUGUUGAGAGAAUAAAACACGAGAGAAAUGAACUGCAGCAAACCAUUAACAAGCUGACUAAGCAACUGGAAGCGGAAGAACAUCAGCUGUGGAAUGAAGAGCUAAAAUAUGCUAGGAAUAAAGAGGCGAUUGAAACACAACUGGCAGAGUAUCAUAAACUGGCUCGAAAGCUGAAAUUAAUUCCAGUAAGUGCUGAGAAUUCCAAAGGCCAUGACUUUGAGAUUUGGUUUAAUCCUGAGGCAGGACCAAAUUGCCUAAUCAAAUACAGAGCUCAGAUCAAGGCUCCCCUCAUGGAGAUCAUCAACGAGACUGAGGAAGAAAUUAGUAAAGCUACUCAACGGAAAAUGUCUUUGGAAGAUACUUUGGAACAGGUGAAUGUAAUGCUAAAGGACAAGAAACGUAGUGUGAAAAUGCUGACAGAAGAAGCUGAAGAGCUGGAUGAUCUUUACCAGAAGAAGCUUAAGGAGAUAGAAGAGGAAGAGCAAAAAUGUGCAGAUGAACGGGAAUCGUUGAAGAAGCAUAAACAGUUACUUGAGAGUGGUGUCUGUGAAGGUCUCAGUGAAGCCACAAAUGAACUGCAUGAUGUCCAACGACAAUAUCAAGUUGUUUUGCAAACAACAACAGAAGAGAAGAGAAAACUUAGAGAAAAAUUGAAUCGUCUUACAGAAACAGUUGCUACUCAUCUAGCAUCUGUAGUGAAAUACCUUGAUGAACAGAAUGCGAAAAUUAACAGAGACUACGAAGAAUUCAUGUCUAAAGAUCUAUUGUCAGACUUGACCAGCAUCCUAGACAGUUAUAAAGAGAAGGCUGAAAGUCUCUAAUCACUAGAAAGGUGAAGAUAAAAAUGUUGCCUUUCUGAAGAGCUGGUAUGGUGCUUUCCAAAAGGAUGGGUACUACUGUGAUUAGCACUGAAACUGGUUUUAAGUGAAAGGAAGUUAUUUUGAUUGUUCUUUGUUUUGUUGAUACAAACACAUUAAAGAAUUAAACAAUAUAUUUGCAUUUUCUUAAAAAAUGCUUUGCUCAGACUGUACUUUCAAUAACAUAUGUAUGCAUUUAGGGCACACACAUGACAGGCAGUUCACAUCCUUCCCCAAGCCUUAUUUUACUAGCAAGACAAAAUGUAAAUGUCUGUCUCCUGCUUGUUCAGUUACCUGUGAAACUGCACAAAGACACCUCUUACGUGAGUAAAAAAAAAUCAAAACUUCUUUUGAAAAGAUGAUUAGUCGUCUUGUUAUGUAGUCUUGUAAAUAGAAGAAUACAAAUAAAUGAAUAGAAAAAGAAACACAGUAGUUUGAAAAUGAAGUUUUGUCUUUAGCUGCUUCAUAUUCCCAGAUGAAACUUCACUGAAGUUCUUGAAUAUGUGUACCAGAGAAAACUCCAAGUAGGACACCAUCUGAAUUCUGGCUUUAUCAGUUGUAGGUUUGGUUCAUGUUAGAUACAUCAAAAUGGUCUAAAAUCUCUGUAUUCUUGUUAAGUCAGUUGGCCAGACUCUUUGACUUUUUUUCCUCAGGAAAGUAUGUCCUGGUUUAGGGCAAACUUGGGGGGAAACCUCUGAAUGGGGUCCCUCUAAAAAGCACAUUCAAGCAGUCCCUCCCCCAACAGGUUUGGGGAAAAAUAUUUCCUUGGGGAGAAGCGGGAAAAAAAAAAGAAAAACACCUCUUUAUUUAACAGGCAAAGCACUUCCCAGCACAAAAAAGUGAACAAUACCAAACAGCAAAAUCUCACUGCUCUAAAGGAUUUGACAGAGAGUCCCUUCUGUGGGUCGCAGCCUAGCUCACUCAGGCUGUUCUCAGUCCCUCCGGUGCUGGGAAAUGCUGCAGCCCAGGCCCGGCCUAGUGGGCCACAGGUGUGAGAUUUCAGUGCUCCCCCUGGGUUUUCAGUCUAGAGCAGGUUCAAACAAUUCCAUAAAAAAAGGAAGAAAAAGAAACAACACAGUCCACGGGGUUUCUUUGCCUCAGCUAGCCAGAAAAACUUCAUCAAAAGCAAACACAGUCUGUUUGAAGAAAAAAACACAGGGGAGCAAGUGCGGUCUCUGAUAACAAACUCUGCACCUCUUCUCUCUCCCCUUCACUCCUGGACUGCAGAACUCAAUAUUCAACACCAACAGAACAUACGAUUUGGGGAUAUGAGCAUCAUAAAGUCACCCCAAGACACAGUAGAAUUAGUGUAUGCACAGCUCUGGUCCAAAUACUUUGAAGAAAACAGAUUGAUGCUAUGUGGAAGUAGCACCUUUUUAUCUAUUCUGUGUAUAAUUUUGCGCCAAUAAAUAAAUAAAACCCAGCAUUCAUAUCUUGGAUAGUUUAUUAUUGUAUUUCCCAGUAAAAGCAUUGAUAUAUUUACAUAUUUGUUUUUAGAAGUCAGACAUUCAAAUAUAAAAAAACAAUUUUGCAGUUGUUUAAAGGCUUUUAGCAUCUGACUGAUAAAGGAAGCUGCUCUCCUCAAUUCUACAAUCUUUGAAUAAAACAUGGAUCUCUAGGAUAUAGAACAAAACUUGAGCAAGACCCUCUAAACACAGACUGCAAAUAAAAACUGGAUUGUCUAAUUCUAGGCUAUUUUUGCAGAACGAGUUUAAAAGUCAGUUGUCCUUAACAUAGUACUAGAAUCUUCUGGCCUUGGUCCAAGUGUUUUGUUUCAGAUACGAUAAUGAUGACAUUAUUUAAGCUUCUAAUUUUCUGUUCCUUUUUAUACUCCAGAAUUUUAAUUUGACAGCUAGAAAAUCUUCUGACAGGUGGAAGUUUUUAUGCUUUCUUUUGUCCUCUUUUAUCUUCACAUAAUCUUUCUUUUUGUUUUCUGUAACAGACUAGUCUUUACUACAUCCCAGUUCCUUCUCUUUAGAAGUUUUUUCCUUUUGUGAUCUCUUUAACAUUUUUGUUAUCUAAAGCAACGUAACAAUCUAAUGUAGCAAAACUAUGAGCUGUAUAGGAGAGCCACAUUCCUUUAAAGUAUGUGCUUAUUUAGGGGCUAUGCUCUCUCUAGACUCCCCCAUACCUAUUUGUUUCUGCUUCUGUAACUGUCUUGUGUUUCUUAGCAUCUGUAGAUUCCUAGUCAGUAGUCAGCUGCUUAAAUGAAAGCAAAAUAAAUGGCAUUUCCAUUUAUAUUAACCCUAAUGAACGUGGGUCAAAGAAUCAAAAUCACAAUGCCUUUGCUUAAUACACUAGCCAAUAUAAUAUUCUAAAAUUAAAGUAGUCCAAAUAAUAAAAAAAAUCCAUGUUACUAACAUUGGCAAUGUGUUUUUGUUAGUGGUCUGUAUGUCAGUUAAGCUAAACUGCCUUUAGAACCAUCUCAAAUUUGGAUCUAGGUUCUGUAAAAUACUAUGGGGCUGUUUGCUGUAACCUAACAGCUCAAUGUCAGCCAACAUUUACUAAGUACUAUGUCUUAACAAUUUAAAAAUGGAGGGAGUUUUUUAAUCUUUGUUGAACAUGUCACCUCUGUGAUACUGAAGUCAGGUAUUUUUGGUCUGUAUUCUGGAAUACGGCUUUUUAAUUCAGUCAGUAGCCACUAGAACGUAAUUAUUGCUCUUCGUUUUGUUUUGUUAUUUUAUCAGAGUAUAAAGUCUUAAUGAGAAAGUACCACAGCACCUGUACAUUUCAGUAGUCAUUUGUAAAUUUUGGCUUUUGUAUAGAUACAGUUGCCUCAUUUAGUGCUAGUGUACCGUUUGUACAGUUUAAUGUGUCAAGUUUUUGUGUUCUUAUACUCAAUAAAAUAUCUUAUGCU